AUGAGGCUUGGGGACGGAGCAGCUAUGCUAGAGCUCUCAUUGAAAUAUCAGUUGAUCAGGAAUUUGAAAGGCACUAUAACCAUGGCUAUUCCUGAUUUGGAUGGAAACAAAUAUGCUACGGAGACUAUUCGGGUGGAGUAUGAAUGGGAAGCUCCGAGAUGUGCUCACUGCUGUGUGUUUGGGCAUGACUCUGUGGAAUGCCCUACACGUAUUGGCUCAACAUCCAAACCUCCUAGUAAUAGGCUAAUAGUAGAUGAGGAUGGUUUCACUGAAGUUCCGGUUAAGAAGAGUGCAAAGAAGAAUGGCUUUCAAGUUAAUAAUCAGAAGCCUAAAUUUGAGUACAGACCGGUGGAUAGGAAGAAAAAGGCUGUUGCUUCUCAGCAGGUUUCUACUUCCCAUAAAAUCCAAACUCAUAAUCCGUUUUCUGCGCUCGAGUGUGUUGGGGGACGUGGUGUUUCAACUCAAGAGAGAAAUAAAGGGGGUAGUCAGAUUCAUGUGGAUUUAGAUGAGGACGGGGUUGAAGUUGUCUAUGAUGAAACCAAAGAUUCGGAUUUGAGAGAGAAGAUUUUCAAAGUCAGGAUGGAUUCCCGUAAGAAGUCUGAUGUUCAGCCUGAUCGUGGUAAGCCUCCGCUAGCUGCUAAGAGUGGUGGUAGUCGUGGAGGUAUUGAUGGCAAUCCGAAGCUUGCACGUAGAGGAGUGUUUAAACCGAAUGCUGGAAAUAAACCGAUCAAUGUCAUAGAUGAACUUGAAAAGAUUUCUGUUCCGGUUCCUGUUGACGUUAAUGUCAAGGAAUCUUCACCGGACAGGGAGGGUUUCUUUGAGACGAUACAAGAUGGUGAAAACUUUCAGGAGUUUUUAAAUCAAGAAUCGGAGGCUGGUGGAAGUAUUCCAUCUAUCUUUCCAGCCGCAGAGCUAGUGAGCGGUAUUGAAGAGUUGUCAAGUUCAAACUUGAAGCCGUUAUCUUAUGCAGAAUCAGUUCUGAAACAAGAGAAAAAGGUGAACUUUCGUGCUCUAGCUUGUACAACUCAACAUGAGGGAUGUGAUGUUGUGCUCCCAAAGGAAUCUGUUCGAGUGGUCCAACAAAAGUUGUCUAAUACGUUGUAUGGGUAUUUUCUGGGUGAUCGGGUAGCAUACCCGGUCGUUGAAUAUUAUGUCAAAAACAAUUGGAAAAGAUUUGGGAUUCAGAAAACGAUGAUGAACGCUAACGGUUUUUUCUUUUUUAAGUUUUCGGAUCAGAAAGGUAUGCGGGAUGCUCUUGCUUCAGGCCCUUGGAUUAUUCGGUCACAACCUAUGUUUCUUCAUGAAUGGACGCCUAAUGUCAAACUUGAGAAAAAAGAGGUAAAGAAAGUCCAAGUCUGGGUUAAAAUACAUGAAGUUCCCAUUGCUGCCUAUACGGAGGAUGGUCUUAGCAUGAUAGCUACGGCUAUUGGUGAACCUAAACUGCUUGAUUCUUACACAUCUUCAAUGUGUAUGGAAUCAUGGGGAAGGAGUAGCUACGCUAGAGCAUUGAUAGAAAUAUCCGCGGAUAAGGAAUUUAAAGAGGAAAUUACUUUGGCUAUUCCAGAGAUGGAAGGAGAUUCUUUUACGAAGGAAACUAUGUAUGUGGAAUAUGAAUGGAGCCCGCUUAGAUGUUCCUCUUGUUGCGUUUUUGGGCAUGAUAAUGGGUCGUGUCCAAAGAUGCCAAGGAAAAAGGCUGAUCAUGGUAAGCAAGACCGUAUGCCACCGAAUCAAGGAAGUCGAAAAGGGAAAGAAAUUCCGAAAGUUGAUGAUGACGGGUAUAUGGACGUGCCAAAUAAGAAAACGGCUAGGAAAGGAGGUUUUCCGGUUAACAAGCAAAAGCCAAAGUUUGAAUAUCGUCCCGUCAUUACGAAACGUAAAGAUGAGUCGAACGGCCAGGUGACGUCUUCUAGUUUUCUUUCUUCUAAUCCGUUUGCGGUUCUGAAUGAGAGACAUGUAGAAAGAGGCCAGAGCAGUAAAAGUGGGAUUGGUGAUCAAGAGGAAUCGGAUGAUGAAGAGGUUGUUGAAGUUUACAAUGAAACAGAUGACUUUUUAAUGGAAGGGACUCAAAAUGUUAAAGGGGCAAGCACUCCUUCUGUUGGGGUUUCCAAUGAAUCUCAUGUUGAUGUUGGUAAUCUUGCUAAAGUUUGUAAGUCGGUUUUUAAUCGUUGGGAUUGGACUUCGAAUGGUAGCUGUUGUGAUAAAGGGACGAGAAUAAUUGCCGGGUGGAAUUCGGACAUGUUUGAUGUCUUCGUGAUAGCCCAAACUGAUCAAAUUAUGCAUUUUCAGCUUAUAUUUAAGCUGGAUAAAAAGGUGUUAUUUUGUUCGGUUGUAUAUGCUGCGAACUAUUAUGUAAAACGUAGAGAGGUAUGGCAUCAAUUAUCGUUACAUAAAGCUCUAAUAGGCGAUAAGCCUUGGAUAAUCAUGGGUGAUUUUAACUCGGCUCUUAACUUAGAAGAUCAUUCUAUGGGUUCAUCUUCUAUUUCGAUUGGUAUGCGAGAUUUUCAAGAAUGUGUUACGGAGAUUGAGGUUUUUGAUAUCAAUAAAUCGGGCUGUCAUUUUACGUGGACUCAGAAGCCUAAAAAUGGUGUAGGUGUGCUAAAGAAAAUUGAUAGAGUUAUGGGCAAUAACUCGUUUGUGUCUGAAUUUCCGAAUUCGGUUGCUUUGUUUCAUCCAUAUAGACUUUCUGAUCAUUGCCCGUGUCUGGUUAGCAUUCCUACCUCUGGAAAACCGAAACCUAGAUCGUUCAAAUUUGCUAACUUCUUAGUCUUUAAACCGGGUUUCCAGGAAUGUGUUAAGAAUGCUUGGGAUACCCAUGUUGAUGGGGUUUUUCAGUUUCAAGUGGUAAAGAAACUCAGGUUAUUAAAAUCGCCUCUUCGGAGUUUAUUUUUUAAACAAGGGAAUUUGCAUAAGAAAGUUGAAUCUAUUCGUAGGGACUUGGACUCGAUUCAGAUGGAUAUUGAUAAAAAUCCGAUGAGUGCGGAUCUUCGGCUCAAGGAAGCGAAAGUAUCAGCUGAUCUCCAGGUUGCUUGUUUAGAUGAGGAACGGUUUUUGAAACAGAAAUCUAAGGUGGAAUGGUUGAAUGCAGGCGACGCGAAUACAAAGUUCUUCCAUGCUUCGUUGAAGACUAGAAACCACAUGACCCGAAUUGAUGCUAUUUCUAACUCUCAAGGAGUCUUAUUUCAGGGUGAGGAUGUCCCGAAGGUUUUAGUUCAUCAUUAUGAGAAUUUUCUUGGUCGGAAAGAGAAUAUGAGUUUGCAACCUACUCAGGAUCUUUUUGAUAAAAGGCUUCGUAGUGACGAUUCUAAUCAUAUGGUUCGACCGAUUACUAACGAAGAGGUAAAAAUGGCGAUGUUCUCCAUUGGAAAUGAUAAAGCGCCGGGCCCGGAUGGUUAUACGGCAGCGUUUUAUAAGCAUGCAUGGCAGAUUAUUGGCCCGGAUGUGUCGAAGGCAAUCAUGGAUUUUUUCAGCUAUGGUAAACUUCUUAGAGAGCUUAAUAACACAUUAAUUGUUCUUAUUCCGAAGAAGCCUACUCCGUCGUCUGUCACGGAUUAUCGUCCUAUUGCUUGUUGUAACGUUCUUUACAAAUGCAUUAGUAAAAUCAUUGCGGACCGUCUAAAGAAUUAUCUUAAUCAGGUUGUGAGCAUUAACCAAUCCGCGUUUGUGCCAGGAAGGAAAAUUUCAGAUAAUAUUUUGCUAACGCAGGAAUUGAUGCAUAAUUAUCAUAGGAACAUUGGUCCUCCUAGAUGUGCUUUUAAAGUCGACAUACAGAAAGCGUAUGAUACUGUUGACUGGAGAUUUCUCAAGCAUGUUCUUAUUGGUUUUGGUUUUCAUUCGAAGAUGAUUGAUUGGAUUAUGAUAUGUGUUUCCACCCCCACCUAUUCGAUUUGUGUUAAUGGGGAAACUCAUGGUUAUUUCAAGGGGAAGCGAGGGUUAAGACAGGGUGACCCGUUAUCCCCUUACCUCUUCACUCUUGUUAUGGAAAUUCUGACUCGCAUCUUGAAUCGGGCUGCUCAAUUGGAUUCUUCGUUUAGAUUCCAUAAUAAAUGUGAAAAGCAGAAAAUAAUAAAUCUAUGUUUUGCGGACGAUUUAUUUUUAUUUGCUCGUGGUGAUAUUCGGUCGGCUAAAUGCAUUGUGGAAUCUCUCACGCGGUUUUCUAGCAUGUCAGGUUUGCUCCCUAAUACUCAGAAAAGUACAGCGUUCUUUUGUAAUGUUUCUUCACAUGUGAAAGAUGCUAUUUUGGAGGUCCUGCCGUUUGAGGAGGGUUUGUUGCCUGUUAAAUAUUUAGGGGUUCCCCUUAUUUCUUCAAGCCUUCGAAUUAAAGAUUGUAGGGUGCUCCUUGAAAGAUUGGAUCAAAGAAUUAUGAACUGGAAAAACAAGAUGUUAUCUUUUGCGGGUAGACUACAGUUAAUCCUUUCGGUCUUGUCGUCUAUGCACAUAUACUGGGCUUCGGCUUUUAUCUUACCUGCUCGGGUUGUUAACGAAAUAGAGGCGAAGAUGAGAAAUUUCUUAUGGGCUCAAGAGGGUUCUUUUCAUAGAGGGAAAGCGAAAGUUUCAUGGAAAGCUAUAUGCGUUCCUAAAUAUGAAGGAGGUCUCGGGAUCCGUCGGCUUGGGGAUGCUAAUAAAGCCCUCAUGGUCUCUCAUAUCUGGAGUAUUCUUAUUAAGCGAGACUCUUUGUGGGUGCAAUGGACAUAUUCUUAUCGUCUUAGAAACCGGUGUCUUUGGAAUUGCAAGGAUACGUCCUCAUGUAGCUGGACCUGGAGAAAGAUUCUCCAAUUGCGUUCGUUGGUUAAGGAUCAUAUAUGGUCCUCGUUAGGUGCUGGCACCUCCAUUUCAGCCUGGUAUGACUCGUGGUGUCACCUCGGGCCUCUAUCAGCUUUUCUUUCGCCUAGAGUUAUUUCUAAUGCAGGUUUUCGUCUGGAUGCUAUGGUUGCGGAUAUUUUUAGAGAUAACUCUUGGGCAUGGCCGUCUAGUUGGAGGGAUUUGUUUCCGGCUAUUAAUCAGCUUGACCAUAUUAGGCCGGAUCAAAACAAACAAGACCGUUUGCUAUGGAAGAAUGGAGACAAAAUGACAGAUUAUUCGUCGGCUACGGUUUGGGAUACUAUUCGGUUUAGGGAGCAGGAAAUCACUUGGACUUCUAUUGUUUGGUUUCCGCAAUGUAUCCCUAGGCAUGCUUUCUUGGUGUGGCUUAUAAUGCGUCGGAAGCUUUUGACUCAAGAUAAGAUUCUAAAGUGGGACUUUUCUAGGAGAAAGAACAUGAAUAUGAUGUGCUGUCUUUUAUGCUAUGCUGAUGUCGACUCUCAUGACCAUCUUUUCUUUGAAUGUAAGUUCUCAGAGCAAGUGUGGAAGUCGGUUCGUGACAAGACAGAUAUGUUUGAUGUGGACCCUAAAUGGGUUUCGAUUAUCGGCUGGUUGAUGACAAGAAUCCGCUCGAAGAAGGCUUCUUUUUAUGUGGCUCGGCUGCUUGUAGGUGCAACUGCAUACACUAUUUGGCAAGAACGUAACGCUAGGCUUUUUAAAAAUCAAACUCGCCCACCGGAAGCAAUCUGCGAAGUAAUCUUAAAGACUGUUCGAUAUAAGCUGAUGGGCGUGAAGUUCAAACCGUGUGCAAAUGUAAAGUCUUUGCUUGGGAAAUGGGGGAUCGAGGAUGCUGCUGUGAUCGAUGAUGGAGGCUGA